AUGGAAGAGCCGCAGCCGUACUCCAGCCCACGCUCUCCGAGUUGCCGCCUCCGCCUCCUUUCCAUGGCUUUCCCCCCCUCUUCGUCGAGCCUCCGCCGCCGACGGCGAGCUCCUGCCGGUGAGGCGAGACGCCGUCUCGGACCCUAAACCCUAAUUCCGACCCACUCACCCACCUAGUCCCUUAACCAUGGAGGACGCCCUCGCUACAUCGCCCCUCGCGCCUCCUCCUGCCCCCCUCGCCGCCGCUGCCGUCCUCACUCGCCGGCGGUCGCACCUCGACAGCGCCUCCUACCGCACGCUUUCCCGCCUCUUCUCCCACUGCCUCCACCUCCAGCCGUCGUCCCGAGAGGGGACCGCGCCGACCGAGGGUGAGCCCGCCGUCGCGAACCCUACCGGCGGGGACUCCGGCGAUUCCGCACAGGUGCCUGGAGGUGCCGAUUUUGAUCGGCUGAAGGAUGUGGAGAAAGAGGCGGAGGAUGCGGGAGGCCCUUCGCUCCAGGAGACCGUGUCGCCAGCGAGGGAGCAACCGGCCGCGUCGAACCCUACCUGCGACCCUUGUGAGUCUGAGGCUCCGCAACGCUCGCAUGAUGAUGUGGACGAGGUAGUUGCUGUAGAAAGCACCUGUGGUAACACCGGCGCCGUUGUUGAGGAGUCGGGGAUUGGAGCUGGAAUGGUGGUGGUGGAGGACGAUGCUCUGAAGUUGGUGAAGGCUUGCUUGGAGACUACUGACGUUGACGAAUCAGUAGAGGGAGCAUUGGGUAAUGACGAUGGGCAGCUGCUGCUUGACGCGAUGAUGACCAACUUCACUGGGCUGAUUGAUGAUGUUGGUGCUGGCGUGAUACCAGUGCAGACUUGUGUGGUUUCUGGAGUUGAGCUGCAGGAUAGCAAAGCAUCUGAGGAUUUGAAACAAUCAGGGGGUGGGAUUGAAGAUGGAGAACCUGUGAGAAAUUUAGAUCGUAAGAUGAAUGAAGAUGGUGGUUUCGAGGAAGGAGAGAUUGAGGGUGAGUUUCAGGAUUUGGAUUCAGAAGAAUCUGGAGAUUCUGAGCUUGUUGAUGAUGAUAAUGCUGAAGAUGAGAAAUUGGGAGGCUAUUCCGUUAGCAGGGGCUCAGGGGCUUGUGAUCAUGGCAUACAGUCUGUAAAUUUGCACUCGAAACCUGGAAUUAUAGGGAAUGGUCAUCUUACACUGAACAAGGAUGCUAAUGUCAGGGGUGAUGAACAAAUAUCUGUUACCAGGGCUCAAGCUGUCAGUUAUGAUGAAGUUGUGGAUUGGAAUGUGACGCCACUGCCUGACAAUGUGGCUACCAACCCUGGGAAGAAGACAAAACGCACUUUGACAGAAGAGAGGAAGGCUAAAAAGACAGAAAAUAAAAGAAAGAAGCGAGCACAGCAACGGAUAGCUGAUGGAGUCAAAAGACCAAAACUUCAACAUGUUACAAAGCCAAAAAAACCUUGCCACUUCUACGACCAUGGGAAGUGCCAGCAGGGAAGUAAGUGCAAGUUCUCCCAUGAUUUUACACCAACAACAAAAUCUAAGCCCUGCAAGCAUUUUGCAUGUGGUUCUUGUUUGAAAGGGGAUGAUUGUCCAUAUGAUCAUGAGUUGUCAAAGUAUGACUGCCAUAACUAUAAGAAUAAUGGCAUGUGCAUCAGAGGUGAUAGAUGCAAAUUCUCUCAUGUGAUGCGAACUACGGAAGGUACUCCCACACAAGAUGCAAAACCAUCUGAUGCUUCACUGGCAUAUGAGAAAACCAACCGCAGAGAGCAUGUAAGCAGCCAGAAAACCCCAACAGUUCACAAUGGUGAACCUGUGACGUCUGCUUCUACCAAACAACAGUGUUCCAUCCUGAAAAAUCUGGCUGGCUUCUCUAUCAAUUCUCAAAACAUUUCUGAUCGUAUUCCAAAGGGUGUGCAGUUUCUUCCGUUUGAUAAAAGUGGAUCAAAUUUGAGCAGCCCGCACCUGGAUGCUUUGUCCAUUGAGAAGCCUAGGAAUGCCAAUGCCACUCAACAUCAGUACUUUGGAGGACAUGGAGCAGAAAAGCAAAAAAUUUCCAAGCAAAAUGGUCAGGAAUCACUGCUAGACGAGAAGAAUUCAUCAAAUGAAGCUACUAUGCUUCCAUUUUCAGACCCCCCAAAAGCUAGUUUACCUACUAAUUCUGCUGCAACAUCAGUACAUACUCAGCCUGAAAUCUCAGAGGCCUCUAGGAUUUUGCAAGAGUUCUUGUUCGGUGCUGGCAGUUAGAGGAAAAUGUCAUGGGAAAGUUGAACUCCAAUUCACGAAGUAGCGCAAUGGGACUUGAUGUGUCAUAUUUUGGUUCCUAACAGGGACUGUUUUGUGAGGCACCUCUCCUGUCAGGUGUGUUCCGAACAUUUCUUUCUGUUGAGCUGUUGAUUGAAAGAUUCUUCCCCAGGAGAACAUACUGGAGCCCAGAUUCCUCCAUGCAAGAGCUUUACGUCGUUCCCACAUGAGAAUGGCACUGCCAAUUAGUCUUGGAUCAUCAUCAUGAUUCGGGGCACAUCUGUGGCAGAAUUAUGGGUCCUUUGGUGGCGACCAACAUUAGCCUGGUGCCGUGCGUGGUCUGGACUUGCAUUCACGUGGUACUCCCAGGAUCUCCGAUCCUAUCUCUUGUGUUCAGAAUUACUUGUGAACUAGCUGGAGACCGCGGUACACCACGCAGAUGCUGGAGGGGCCAGAUAUGAGCUGGACUGUGGCUAUUGUCUCAAAUCCAGUUCGGGCAUGUCCGGUGCCUACUUGCUGUCGAAAUCUCUGCUGAUGUUUCAUCGAUUCGGAAUUACAAUCACAUGGUCACUGGGAGGGCUCACAUGCUGAUUCAGCACUGCAGCUUGCCAUGCAAGCAGGCAUGUGAGCUGUGCCCCUCUACUACUGCUGGGCGUGCUGCCACAUGACCAGGUGACUGACGCUGUAUCACCGGAACAGUCAGGUCUGUUCUGUGGAUCGUAUGAUGGUGUCAUCUCUCUUUUGUGAACAAAGGUGGUGUCAUCUCUCUCGGAACAAGUUGCCAUCUGCAGUAAAUCCGCAUCUUGCGUUCUGUUUUCAUGUUGCUGCCUUGUGCGCAUGGAAGGAAUGGUUUAGGUGUACUAGUAAUUGCCACUUGAUUUGUUAACAAGAAUCUGAGCUGAGGUAAGCCAUGGUAUGUUACCUUGAUGGCAAAAUAUUACUGUCACCUCCUGAAGACCUGAAAGCAGCUGACUCGGCAUUAUGGUUUGGGCGACUUGUGCACCUGAACAUGUGUCCCUGUUUCGUGACACGGCAACUGGAUAUGCUGGUUCACGUGUCGAUGAGAUGAGGCUGUGAGAUCCUCGUCUCUGGGAAAGUGAGGGCAGCUACUACUCUGUCGCUUUCCCUGGCUACUUGGUGAAGAAUUCUCGUUUAUAAGUUUGUGAAGAAGCCCUUUCCUUUCACCUUCAAACACGCCGGAGAAGCUCAGCUCAGCUCGUCUGCGGCUGCCGCACACACGCAUCGAGCUCCGAAACAAAAUAUUUCCACAUGUAGCUAUGAAGUGUUGCUCUACUAGAACUUCAAGCCGGGACAAAGCUAGCUGUCUCCUUCAAAAUUUCAUCAUAUUUGGCAGUUACUUUUAUCUUUUGGAUCUUACGCAGCCAAACAUAUGAAACAGUUGAGGGAAGAUCGAUCGUUCCGUGUGUUCC